UCGUUUGUUUUCCAAAGUGAAAACGUCAAGGAUCUGGACAUUUUGUUCUGCGAUCGAAAUCCUUGAAAACGAAAAAUACAAUUUUUGCCGUACCCGCAUCGAUCUUUGUCGUGUGCUAAACCGCCGCAUUGCUAGCAGAUAGCCCCCGUAAGUGCAAGCAUCAUCGCUUUCACCUCAUUCACGCAUCGCGCUAGUGCCCGUCUGUUUACGCCAUCUCGCGAAAAUUCAUGUGAAUUAUAACAAUGCUGCGAGUGCCAGUCAGUCGGGCCCUUACCUUCGGGGCCCGGUUUCCGGUGCAGACGAUAGUGCGCACGUCCGCCACCACACCGGCCAAGGCGCCGGAAAAGAUUGAGGUGUUCGUGGACGAUCAGCCUGUGAUGGUGGAUCCGGGCACUACCGUGCUUCAGGCUGCGGCUCAAGUCGGAGUGGAGAUUCCUCGCUUCUGCUAUCACGAGCGUCUGGCAGUCGCCGGCAACUGUCGCAUGUGUUUGGUGGAGGUGGAGAAAUCACCCAAACCAGUCGCCGCCUGUGCUAUGCCGGUGAUGAAGGGCUGGCGCAUUAAGACCAACUCCGAAAUGACCCGCAAAGCGCGUGAGGGUGUGAUGGAGUUUCUGCUGAUGAACCAUCCGCUCGACUGUCCGAUCUGCGACCAGGGUGGCGAGUGUGAUCUGCAGGAUCAAGCAAUGGCUUUCGGUUCGGAUCGAUCGCGCUUUACCGAUAUCCACCAUACCGGCAAGCGAGCGGUCGAGGACAAGGACAUUGGUCCGCUGAUUAAAACCAUCAUGACCCGGUGCAUCCACUGUACGCGUUGCAUCCGCUUCGCAUCGGAGGUGGCCGGUGUCGACGAUCUCGGUACGACCGGGCGCGGUAACGACAUGCAGAUCGGUACGUACGUGGAAAAGUUUUUCCUCUCCGAGCUGUCGGGUAACGUGAUCGAUCUGUGCCCGGUUGGUGCACUGACCAACAAACCGUACAGCUUCGUCGCUCGUCCGUGGGAAAUUCGUAAGAUCGAAUCGAUCGACGUGUUGGAUGCGGUCGGUAGCAAUAUUGUGGUGAGCACGCGUACCGGCGAGGUGUUGCGUAUAUUGCCGCGUGAAAACGACGAGAUCAACGAGGAGUGGUUGUCGGACAAGUCGCGUUUCGCGUGCGACGGUUUGAAGCGCCAGCGGCUGAUUGCACCGAUGCUGCGCAAUCCGAGCGGCGAGCUGGAACCGGUCGAGUGGGAAUCGGCACUCAUUACGAUCGCGCAAGCGUUGCGCGGAGCUCCGAAGGGAAAGGUGGCGGCCGUUGCCGGUGGGCUGGUGGAUGCGGAAUCGCUCGUUGCGUUGAAGGACCUGCUGAACCGGUUGGGAUCGGAAACGCUCUGCACGGAGCAAAAGUUCCCCACCGACGGAUCGGGCACGGACUUCCGUUCAAGCUAUCUGCUCAACUCAUCGAUUGCCGCUUGCGAGGAGGCGGAUCUUGUACUGCUUGUCGGUACGAACCCGCGCUACGAAGCACCGCUGCUGAACACCCGCCUGAGAAAGGGAUACAUUCACAAUGAACAAAACAUUGCAAUGAUUGGGCCGAAGGUCAACCUUUCCUACGACUACGAGCAUCUGGGCAGCGAUACCUCGCUGAUUCGCGACAUCGCAAAUGGGCACCAUCCGUUCGCGAAGAAGCUGAAGGAAGCUAAGAAGCCGUUGAUUAUCGUCGGUGCAAAUCAGCUGGCCCGCAAGGAUGGUUCAUCCUUCCUUACCGCUCUCCACGUAUUCGCCAACUCGUUGACCCCGGCAGACAAAAACUGGAAGGUAUGGAACGUGCUGCAGACGAACGCCGCCCAAACGGCUGCUCUGGACGUUGGCUACACGCCCGGUGUCGAUGCUGCCGUUGAACUGCAGCCGAAGGUCCUGUUCCUGCUGGGCGCUGACGCCGGCGUAGUUGAUAAGGAAAAGCUACCGAAGGAUUGCUUCAUCGUGUACCAGGGACAUCACGGUGACGCUGGAGCACAGAUGGCACACGCCAUUCUGCCCGGUGCCGCGUACACCGAGAAGCAGGGCACGUACGUCAACACGGAAGGACGAGCCCAGCAAACGCUCGUCGCCGUUACGCCUCCCGGCUUGGCCCGUGAAGACUGGAAAAUCUUGCGCGCCUUGUCCGAGGUAGCCGGAGUUCCGCUGCCGUACGAUAACCUGGACGAUCUGCGCUCCCGCCUGGAGGAUAUUGCGCCGCAUCUCGUGCGCUACGGCCGGCUGGAGGCGUCCAACUUCUUCGCCAUCGCGGACGCAUUGCUAAAGAACGCAUCGGUGCACUUCGACAGUGGCAAGGUGGAUGUGGUGCAGAAGAAGUUGGCCGACUUCUUCAUGACCGAUCCGAUUACGCGCGCUUCGCCCACUAUGGCCAAGUGUGUGACGGCAGCGAAGAAGCAGUUGCAAGCGAAUUAAAGUAAAACGUUGCAAGCAAGUAAAAUUGAGACGAAGUCUGCGUUUCCUUCUGUACACGACCAGUUCGCGUGAUCAUCAGCAAGCGGUGAGUGGCAAGAGAAAUUGUGAGUCCCGGUCGGCGGAGGUCGCUGGUUUGGCAAACUUUUCUGUAAAUUAUCGUUUCUUAUUUUGGUGCAAGAAAAAGUUUCAGUCCGGAGCGGAGAGUUAAGCGAUCUUUCAUUAUUCUUCCCGGAGCAUAGUCGGGCUAUUUGUUUUGUUAAAUUCUGGUUGCCUUUUCAAAGGGCUCGAAAUAGACAAAGUAUUAAAUCUGGAGUUGUUUGUAUUUGCUAGCGUCUGAUGGGAAGAUUAUCGUUCCCACGAUUGCACAUUUGUUCACUAAAGCGUGUAAUUUAUUUGCAGAUACUUUUUGCAGAGAUUACCGUAAGGAAUCGAAUACCGAUUCCUGGCUGCUGGCCAAACCAUACUAGACUCGAUCGCAUUAAGGAAUGAUAUGGUCUGAGCAGGAAAGAACCAUGGGGUGUGUCGUGAAACAUAAAUUUGAAAACUAUUUCUUGUAAUCAAAAUAAAAUUUGUCCUCCAUUUAGAGAUAUACUAAAUGAUUCUCUUGGUUUGGACUUACUCACACAUACUUCUAACUUGUGAAAUAAAUUGUGCUUAUGACAGUGAUACGAUAGCUCAGAUUUCUCUGAAUUUGGUGCUAGAAAUAAUGACAGAGAAAUACAUUUGCUGGUAAAAUUUUUUCCCUCUCAAAUAUUCUGUGUUGAUAGCAUUCGAAGGACAUCUUUACAUGCAUCACGGAACCCAUAAAUUCUCUCGCCACUAAUAUCGUUACUCAAGGGAGCACCUUAAUACCCCAUAGUGUUAGUGAAAUUAGGCGCAAAAAACGAAGCAGAACUUAAAGAAAUGUAAAAAAAAACAUGAAUUCCAACAAGCAGUGUUUUAUUGUACCAUAAUAACGAUAUGAUUGAAGCUGCUCUUGUAAUAAAACUGAAUCAUUCUACCACA